AGUCAUAAUACAUAUCAGUGCCAAAAGAAAUAUGGCAGUAGUUUGUGAUUAAUGCAGAGUGCUGUUAAUUCUGCUUAAAGUAUAUGGUGUUUAUUAUAUUUUUAAAAGUGUGAUCAUAAUUUAAAUUUGAAUUAGAUUUAUUUACAAAAUGAGUUUCUUUAGUAAAGUAUUCGGUGGUAAAAAAGAACCGGCACCUUUGUCAACAGCCGAUGCAAUACAAAAAUUACGGGAAACGGAGGAUAUGUUGAUAAAAAAACAAGAUUUCCUUGAAAAUAAAAUAGAAAUUGAAAUUCAAACUGCUAAGAAACAUGGAACAAAAAAUAAAAGAGCUGCAAUUCAAGCCCUUAAAAGAAAGAAACGUUAUGAAAAACAAUUGCAACAAAUUGAUGGUACACUUACUACAAUUGAAAGUCAAAGGGAAGCACUUGAAUGUGCGAAUACUAAUACUGCUGUACUUACCACAAUGAAAAAUGCAGCAGAUGCAUUAAAAUCUGUUCAUCAACAUAUGGAUGUUGAUCAAGUACAUGAUAUGAUGGAUGAUAUAGCUGAACAACAAGAUGUAGCAAGAGAAAUUUCUGAUGCAAUUUCUAAUCCUGUAGCAUUUGGACAAGAUGUAGAUGAAGAAGAAUUAGAAAAAGAAUUGGAAGAACUUGAACAAGAACAACUAGAUAAAGAAUUACUUGGUAUUGAACCUACUGAUGAAUUACCAAAUGUUCCAGCUACUGCUAUUCCAACUGCCCCAACUAGGACUCGCACAAAAGCUAAACCUGAAGAGGAUGAAGAUUUAAAAGAAUUAGAAGCAUGGGCAUCAUAAGAUGGUAUUAAAAUAUUUGUAAAAAUAAAUUUUGUAAGAAAUUAAUAGUUAAAAUUAAGUAUCUACAGUUGAAAAUCAGAACAGUGUAUGUCAAUACAUUUUUUGGAUUCAUACUUAUUCUAAUAUUAGUAACAGUAUUUUUUAUGCACUGUUAAAAUGAUUAAUUAAAAUAAUAAUUAAGUUUUCAUAAUAGGUUUUUUGCUUUUUAGAUAUAAAAAUUUUCUUAUAAGAAAGCUUAUAAUAUUAUAACAAUACAAAUACUUAUAUUUAAGCUAAUCAAUAUAUUUUAUUGUUGCAGUAAAAAAUUCAUUAUAUCAAAUAAAUUUAUAAUUUGCAUAUAUAGUUAUAAUUGUAUACAUGUAAUUAAUAAUGAAAAAUACAAAUUUAUUAUAAAUUUUGUAUACAGAAGAUUAAGUCAUAAGAUAUAUAAUUGCUUUUUAAAAUUUGAAUAUUAUUUUAAUGUACAUAUGUAUAACAUAUUUUGAAAUUGGCAUUAUUUAAAUUG